CGCGGAUGGGAGCGGGGAGGGCCGGGCGGGACGCGGUAGCGCGGAUGACUACUUCGUGUCCCGGCGCUGAGUCCCCGCCGCGGACUAGCGGGGCUCCUGUGGGCCGCCGCGGCGGCCGGCUCGGGCCUGCUGCCUGCAGCCGGCAGGUUGGCUCUGCCGCCGGCUCAGCGACUCCUUUUCCUCUGCUGGCGCGCAGGGAGGAACUGGGAAACCGGAGAAGAUGAGCGAUGCCGCAGUGUUUCCAGGCGGUGAUCAAGAGCGCACCGAAGACUAAUGCAGAAAAUCAACAAGAACGUAGUCCUGGCGCUGCUUUCUCUGACCAGUCUGGUUUUCCUCCUCUUCCAGUUGUACUAUUACAAGUUCUACUUAUCGCACAAGAAUGGAUCGUUUUUUUCCAAAGUCAGAGGAAGCCAGUCAGGUCAAGACAGCACUAGAUGGCAUGUGGUUAGAAAGUUCCUAGGCUUAAUAUCCAGUCACAAUAUACCCGUGUAUUUGAUCGAUCCUUUGAUUCUGGGACUGGUGGAUAAAGACAUUGAUCAGAUCAGAAGUUCUCCUGAUGGCCCUAGUUCAGAGUGCAAGUACUUUUGUGCUCCAAGAGACUUUACUACAUUUGCACUGGUGGAUAAAACAUGGAAGCAAGAAGUGAGUCUUUUUAGAGCUGCUGAGAAAAUGGGGUUCCAAUGGCUCAAAAUUAUAAACAAGGAUCCUCGCUUGGAUGGAAUGGAUGACCUGUCUGGAAUUGAAAUUCCACUGCACUACAUAUUUAAACUGGCAUCUCAUGCCAUUCACCUUGUGGUAUUCUAUGAGAGGAGUGGUAAUUAUCUCUGGCAUGGCCCCCUGAGACUCAAGCAACAUAUGGACAGAAAGUUUGUGCCUUUCCGGAAACUCCACUUUGGUCGCUACCCUGGAGCAUAUGAAAAGCCGGAACUUCUGCUUGUUUCCAUUGAUGACUUAAAAGUUCAAAUUCCAAAAAGUCCAUCCAGCUUUCUAGAGGAGAUGUCACACUCUAGAUUUAUUGAAUGUAGGUACAGAGAAGCUCGGGCUUUCUUUCAGUUGUAUCCUGAUGAUGCCUCUCUAGAUGCAGUGGAGUUCAGAAAAAAAGCAAAGUCCUUGCUCCACCUGGCUGCCUUGACACUGAAUAGCUUAGGAGUAAAGUUCUGGCUGAGCAGCGGAACAUGUCUUGGCUGGUACAGACAGUGCAGUGUCAUUCCUUACAGCAAAGAUGUGGAUUUGGGAAUCUUUAUAAGGGACUACAAAGCGGAUAUCAUACCAGCUUUUCAGAAAGCAGGGUUACCACUGAAGCACAAAUUUGGCAAGGUAGAAGACAGCUUGGAACUCUCUUUUCAGGGGGAUGGUGAUGUGAAACUUGACAUUUUUUUCUUCUAUGAAGAGGAUGAUCACAUAUGGAAUGGAGGAACUCAGGCUAAAUCGGGCAAGAAAUUUAAGUAUCUCUUCCCAAAGUUUACUCUGUGUUGGACAGAAUUUAUAGGACUGAAAGUACAUGUGCCCUGUGAAACCCUUCAGUAUAUUGAAGCCAACUAUGGCACAGACUGGAAGGUUCCUUUGAAGACGUGGGACUGGAAGAGCUCACCAUCCAACGUGCAGUACAAUGGUGUCUGGCCUGUCAAUGAAUGGGAUGAUGUCAUUCAAAUCUACUGACCACCCUGACUGCUAGAAGAGCAUGCCUGCUGUCCUUGAAACUGUCAAGUUGUAAUUUCCUGUUUCCUGAAGGCGUCAAGGUCCAUUCCUUCAUUCCUUUCUCCUUUUUUCUUUUUUUAACAGGUGUUUUUUCACCUUCGUGUGAAGGUGAAUGAGUAAAUGCAACUGAAGGGAAGUUGAAAGAAAAGCUGUCCAACGGGAAUAGAGAAGGAAUGUUGCAGUAAACUUGUGUGCACUGUUUAUAUGUAAACAGUAGCCAGGUGGCUUAGACUUUUCUUGAGAUUAUCAAAACCUUGGGACUGUUGACUUAUCCAGCUUAAGAGAGGGAUGGCUUGGGAAAAUCUCAGAGAGCAGUUCCUGUUUUACUGAGGAGAUCCUGUGACUAUUCAUCUUUUAAACACCAGAGUUAGGAGUUCCUCAGAUGUGCUUGAUUUGAGACUGGUAGAUCUUUACAAUACGCAGAAGGGGAUUUUUUGGCUUUUUUUUUAAGAACAUGAAGGUAUGUACUGUAGGGAUGUCAGUCCCAUUAAAAAAGUCUGGGUCUAUGUCCUAGUUAGUGUAUUCUCCAUGUGAAAAAUUGGACUGUAUUUUAAAAUAUUAGAGCUGCUCCUGCUUUCUUACAGGCAGAUAGAAAUGAGAGUAUUGAUGAUAGUUUUCUGAUUAACACAGACUUGCAGAACAGAGUUCUUAGAAUCACAGCUUCUUUCUGUAGCUAUGAACAGAAGUGUGUACAAACACCACUUGUUCCAUCAAACCUGGAGUACCAUGAUUGCAAGUGAAGUGCUAGUGUGAUGUUAGGCUUUGGAUGGGAAGAAAGUAGAAGCCUGGCAGCUCUGUUGUCCUGCUUCAGCUUAUGCUUUUGGUCAACGAAGUAAGCUUUCUUCUUCAGUGUUUUGGACAGAGAUAGUAGUUGUCAUGUGAGCAUGUUGUCUGUGCAUGUUUGUUCCAUGUCCAUGUUUGUUCCAGUCCUGCUGUGCAAGAAUGAUGAGGACUGAGCUGUGACUGUACUACACAGUGCAGACCCAGAAGUACCUGUGAACCAAUGUUGAGAUACUGAAGGGAUCUCAUGGUUACUUGCAACACUUACAGCUACUUGCAACAGACCUGUAUCUGUUCUUUCUUUGCCAAAACAGAAGGACCGUCUUUGAGUCCCAUCUUUUCCACCUCUCACUAGGUAGGUGUAGGUUGAGUCUAUGGUUUGUAUUGUGUUGCCCUGUAGCUUUUGGCUUUAUUCAGGCAUGUAUGUUCUGGAGAGAUGAAAUAGCUACUGCUGUGCAGUUGUUUCACUACUGUAUCUUUCCAUGUGCACUCUGUGGCUUCCCUGCUGCUUUUGUCCUGGAGUGUGCUGCAUGCUUUUUUGUGCAAGUCCCCUCAGUCCAAAUGGUCUCCAGCCACUGAAGCACUGGAGUAAAUUACUCAGUUUCUAGUGACUGCUUCUCAUGCUGACCCUUCAGUUGGUAUGAUAACUUGAGAAGAGAGAGAUGUACAAUCCUUCUAAUGCCAUUUACUUGGUAAGGCAAACUUUAUGACAUGAGAGGUCAUUUCUCAGGUAGAAGUAUUUUGUAAUUUUUACUUAAAGCAAAAAAAAAAAAAGUCAAUGCCCUGAUGGUUUUUCAUGUGUUCAGAACUCUGUUGUCUUGAACUUGUUUGACAAGGUACAGUAAGCCUGUAAGUUUCUUUCAGUGUCACAGCAUGAAAGAAAAGAUUCUGUCAUGAAAUUAUAAUCCUGUCAGUUUGGGGUUUUUUUACUUUGUAUCUGUAGAUGGAAAGACUAAUGGGAAAAAUGCAUGGGAGGAUGACUUUAAGUAUUUGGUUAUACCUGUAAGUUUUUCUCCAGGUGAAAAUCUUUUCAGAAGGUACAAUUGUAUAUUUAACACUGAUUGGAAGUCUUAAUUUGUAACUUGAGAUCUUUCAUCCUUUGUUUUGUCAUCUUGAGUGAAUUUAACACACUUCAUCGCAGUUACUGUCACAUAACUCACAGAGAUAAAUUUUGAACUGUUUCUUA